GGUCGAUCGAUUAUUGGGAAAACCAACCCAUGAACAGGGCGAGAGUUGGGUCUGUUCGCUUUCCUUCCUCGUCUUUUUGGUUUUUUUAGGCCCUGGUUCAGUGGUUCCCCUUCCCCACUGCCCUUGCACAGUUGAUGCGCAAGAAUUUUCAGCAAGACACAGAUUCUUCAUUCUCCAUCAUCGGAAAAGGAGGUGAGAUUCUUGCUCCUUCACCCCCUAGCCUAGGAGCAGGUCGGGACCCGGAAGAUGGGAGGGGGUGAAACUGGGGAGGUGGUUGUCAUGGUGUGUAGGGUCCAGCACUGGAGUGGUUGACGACUUGACGGCACUGUGGUGUCCAGGCUGAGGGGAGAAGAAGACGAAUAGGAUAUAGAUCUCAGCAAGCCAGGGAUGAGGGUGAGCCAGCUGAGGCCAAGCUUGUGCUCUCGUGGGCGACGCUGAGCUUCUUGCUCCUCCAGUUCAUUGGAGCUCCAUGGCUGCCGUCCAGCGCGGUGCUGCGGAUUGAGUGGGAGGAAUCUCUCGCCCGCUCCUUUUUCUGGGAGCGAGGAAGUGAGGUAGGUGCUUUGGGAUACAGAUAGGAGGAGCAGCACUGGGAUUUACGAUUCUGGAAUGAGUUCAUUUGGGAUGGACUGGAACCAGAAGGGUUCUGUGUUGUGGGACUGGGAGAAUUUGCCGCUGAUAGGCACAAGUGGAAGCGAGAGCGCUAAGGCGAUCGCGACUCAGGCUGAGGCCAAGUUUUCAGCCACUGAGGUCACAAGGCAUGGAUCAGUGCAUUCUUCCUGUGGUACUUUCUCUUCCAACUCGGAGAUGGGGUAUGGCUCAUCUAAGAGCUCCAUAUCCGCGUCGAUUGAUUCUUCACCCAAGACGGGGAAGAACAUGGAGCUCAAUUUUGCACCUGCCAGAGUGUCUGACAAGAACACUGUUUUGGGAAAGGUUUAUGAUGCCAGAACCUCCCCAUCAUCAGUGAUAGCCGUAAGUAGUGGAGAGCCAGUGCUUAGCCUGAAACUUGGCAAGAGAACCUAUUUUGAAGACGUCUGUGGAGGGCAGAGUGUCAAGAGUUCUCCGUCGGAUACAAGUGCAGUGACUCCUGCUUUGGUGAAGAAGGCAAAGGCAGCACAAAACGCACAGAACACCUACUGUCAGGUUGAAGGUUGCAAGAUUGAUCUCUCUUCUGCUAAAGAUUACCAUCGAAAGCACAAAGUCUGUGAAGCUCACUCUAAGGCUCCCAAGGUGGUUGUUGCUGGUGUGGAGCGGCGGUUUUGCCAACAGUGUAGCCGGUUCCAUGGUUUAGAUCUCUUCGACCAGAAAAAACGAAGCUGCCGCAGGCGUCUCAAUGAUCACAAUGCCCGCAGACGGAAGCCACAGCCUGAAGCAAUUUCUUUUGGUUCAUCAAGGCUCUCUGCAAUGUUCUAUGAUGCAAGGCAACAGACAACUCUUCAUUUUGGUCAAGCCCCUUAUGGUCAAAUGAGAAGCUGUGCAAGUUCUUCAUGGGAUAACCCAGGAGGAGCCUUCAAAUUUGCAGAAACUAAAGCCCCUUGGUUAAAGCCAGCAAGAGCUGCUGGUAUUGAUGCCUUGCAUUUAUCAAGUCAGCAGGUAUGGAACAACAUUAUGCCACAUGGUGGCCAUCAAGAUUUUGAUGGGUUCAUGGGUUUCAAAGGAACCAGUGCAAAGGUCCUCAAUCAAGGCGUUGAAGCUUCUGCGGCCAUCUCCGAUUCAAAUGGAAACCCGGAUCUUCAGCGUGCUCUCUCUCUUCUGUCAAACAAUUCAGCUGGUGCUGGCAACAACCACCCGACCACUCAGCCGCACCCUGGCCUGAGCACCCUCGCCAGCACCUCCAACGCAGUGAUGCAAGCUUCAUCACAAGGGCUCUGGCAAGACGGCACAGCGCUUGAUCUUCAUGCGCGGUUUCAGGCUCUCGAUCCCCUGGGCAGUGGCAGCGCCAUCCCAACAACUCAUGAGGUCCAGCUCCCGAAACCGUCCUUGUUCGACGACUCCUCUUCCCACUAUGACCUGAUGCACUGACGCUUCCUUCGGUUGGUGCCUCCAUUGUCCGGUUGCGAGGAAGCGGACUUGGUUUCUGAUGUCUGAAACUCUGAAUUUUGGAUUGUUAUGGUGUUCUGAUUCUGAAAAAAAAAAUAAAGGCCGCACAAAACUGAGGCUCGAGCUGAUCCAGAUUUGAGCCUCGUUGCCAUGAGAAUUCCUGGGAUUAUUGCCAGUAGCUAUGUGCUUGAAUAAUCCGUACUUGUGAUUCUGUUUAUGCAACUUGAUUGCUUCAGCAAA